UUGCCUUCUUCUUCCCGUCCAUCAUCUGCUACCCAGAAACUCAAGCUCCUCCUCCCCGAGUCUGGGAAGCAAGUCCUGCUUGGGCAACAGCAUAGUCGCUCGGUCUUAAAAAUGACGCACCCGCUGCGCAUCCCUGAGAUCCAGUCCGCGAUCUGUCGAGAUGCCAACCUGAGCAAGGGAGAUGUCUGCCAGCUGGCAUUGACUUCGAGAAACUGGAGGGAUGUAGCUAUUCCUGUGAUAUGGGAGAACAUACCGAAUCUAUGUCCUCUGCUGCAUCUGAUGCCCGGAGACGCAUUCCUUAGGCCAGACAAUCAUACGGCUUCAUGGCCACGGGUUGCAUUCUCGUUUGCGCGUGCGCUGGCACCAGCGGACUGGGCGCCGGUGUACAAGCGAUCUGUCUACGUCAAGUCGUACGAAGGCGGCGACCUGCAACAGCUUGGCAAGCAGCCACCGAUACGGCUGACCGAGCCUGUCAUUGAGGCAAUCCUCCAGUGUCCCCCACCGUCGUGCUUGCUCCCGAACCUGCGCCGCCUAGAGCUUCGAGUCACGGACUUGGAGGAUACGGCACUCUACCAGAGAUUUUUCAACAUCCUUGCUUCCCCUAGCGUGACAUCUCUGUGCAUACCAGAGCACCCUGCGAUGAUCUUAGGAGAUCCGCGGACUAUCAUCGAGCGUUUCCCUCACAUCGAACGCAUCGACUUGCUGAACGAGCGCUGGAGGUGGAAGCGACGGCCAUACCUUGACCCUGACUACACCGGAUACAUGGUCAAGGCGCUCGAUAGCUGGCCUCGCCUCACAUCGGUGCAGCUGCCAGUGUGCUAUGACCCCGCUCUUGUGGCGUGCCUCUCGCAGCGCGAAUCGCUCCGGACGCUGGGCAUUGCCUUCUGCGACGUCCCUACCCAGGGAACCGUUCCUCUUUUACCUUGUGAAGGGCCGCACUUUGCUUCUUUGCAGCGCAUAUGUCUGGCAAGCGUAUCAGUCGGCUUCGCCACUACCCUUGUGCAGUCAUGGGGUAUCGCUCGAAUGGAGUCCGCGUCAUUCGCACUAGAUCCCCCUCCCACCUCAUCCGACAGCGUCCAGCAGCUACUACAAGCAAUAAGCGAACACUGCGAUCAUGAAACUUUGCGGGUCAUAGAAGUACAAAGCUUUCCGCAAAUGGUCGCCUCUCCGCUUUUGCUCGACCAUAUCAGGCCGCUCUCCGUCUUUUGCCACUUGACAACGGUCAUUGUCAACGCUACCGAGGGUGUGAUGCUCACAGAUGAUGAUCAUGAGGAGGUCGCAAACUGGUGGGAAGGCCUGGAAGAGCUGAUGUUCAACACGAAGCUCAUUGUGGAGGAAACGCCCGACGACCAGUUGAACAUAAUCACGCCCGCGACUGUCCUUCCCCUUCUCCAUUAUGCCUUCAAAUGUCCCAAUCUGCGCUCGCUCCAGAUAUCCUGCUCUGUAUACUGCACGCCACCCCUGACGGACGACCUCUACCACGAACAAGAUGAAAAUCACCCGCUCAAAACCCUGUCAGUAGGAGACUCUCCCGUGGACUCAACCCUCGACGUGCCCAUGCUUCUCUGGCGGGUUUUUCCGAACCUGGAAAGGAUCUUUUAUGAUGAACUCAACCAGCGCAGUGCAACCUGGGAAACGGUGGAAAGUGGUGUGGGGAUCUUGCGCCUUGCAGCGAAGAUAGAUAAGGAGCAUAGAAGACGCUGCGAGGAAUGCGCUGAGCGCGCGGAAUGAGAUACGAGUUAAACAACGACGUUCAUGCAAUGAUUAUCCUCGUUCUGGUCCUGUCCGCUCUUUUAUGGCCGAUCACCCUCGCUCCCCGCGGGAGUUGCCG